UUAUUCUAAAGAAUAACAAAGAUUCCAUCUCUUCUCUCUUCAUCCACAUAGUUCUCUUUAAAGCUCUUUGAUAUUAAUCUUCUCUCCAAUAAUGGAUUCUUCUUCUUCUUUUAUCCUUACCACUGUUGCUGCUGCAAUUAGCUUCUUCACGCUUCUUAGAAAACUCAGAUGCCAUCAAGAAGAUGACAAAGAAAAUAAUACUUCUUCUUCUACUUCAUUAUCUCCAUCUUCUCUGUCUCCUUCAUCUCUUCAAUCGUCUUUGGAUCGCAUCUGGACACACCAUGUGUUUCCAAGUUUCCGAGGGGAAGAUGUCCGUAGAGACUUUCUUAGUCACAUUCAGAUGGAGUUUCAAAGAAUGGGAAUCACACCGUUCAUUGAUAAUGAGAUCAAGAGAGGACAAUCCAUCGGUCCUGAACUCAUUCGAGCAAUUAGAGAAUCCAAGAUCGCAAUUAUCUUGCUGUCAAGAAACUACGCUUCUUCGAGCUGGUGUCUUGACGAAUUGGCGGAGAUUAUGAAGUGCAGGGAAGAAUUGGGUCAAACAGUUUUGGCUGUUUUCUAUAAAGUGGAUCCAUCUGAUGUAAAGAAGCUGACCGGAGAUUUUGGAAAAGUCUUCAAAAAAACAUGUGCCGGUAAAACAAAAGAGCACGUUGGGAGAUGGAGACAAGCUUUGGCAAAUGUCGCCACAAUCGCUGGUUACCAUUCGACCAACUGGGAUAAUGAAGCGGCCAUGAUUAAAAAAAUCGCUACUGAUAUUUCGAACAUGUUGAAUAAUUCUGCAUCAUCAAGUGAUUUCGAUGGGUUGGUUGGAAUGAGAGAACAUUUAGAGAAGAUGGAACCGUUAUUAUGUUUAGACUCAGAUGAAGUGAGGCUGAUUGGGAUUUGGGGUCCUUCUGGGAUUGGGAAGACGACCAUCGCCAGAGUUAUAUACAACAAACUCUCCGGCAGUUUUCAACUGAGUGUCUUUAUGGAAUCUAUCGAAGCAAAAUAUACAAGACCAUGUUCCGAUGACUAUAGUGCCAAGUUGCAGUUACAACAGCAGUUUAUGUCUCAAAUAACCAACCAGAGUGAUAUGAAGAUUUCUCAUUUAGGUGUUGUUCAAGAUAGGCUAAAAGACAAGAAAGUUCUUGUUGUUCUUGAUGGUGUGGACCAGUCAAUGCAACUAGAUGCCAUGGCAAAAGAAACUUGGUGGUUUGGUCCUGGGAGUCGGAUUAUUAUUACAACACAAGAUCGAAAGCUUUUCAGGGCACAUGGGAUUAACCAUAUUUACAAGGUUGAUUUUCCAUCAACUGAAGAGGCCCUUCAAAUCUUGUGCAAAUAUGCUUUUGGUCAAAACUCCCCUACACAUGGUUUUGAAGAACUUGCUUGGGAAGUUACACAACUUGCUGGUGAACUUCCUUUGGGUCUUAGGGUUAUAGGUUCUUAUUUUCGGGGAAUGUCUAAGAUGGAGUGGAUGAAAGCACUACCAAGGUUAAGGAAUAGCCUUGAUGCUAAUAUUCUUAGCAUUUUGAAGUUCAGCUAUGAUGCCUUAGAUGAUGAAGACAAAUAUUUGUUUCUUCAUAUAGCAUGCUUCUUCAAUCAUGAAGAGAUUGAGAAAGUGGAAGAUUAUCUCGCAGAGACGUUCUUGGAUGUGAGUCAUCGGCUUAAUGUCUUAGCUGAGAAAUCUCUCAUAUCUUUGAAUAGGGGAUAUAUAAACAUGCAUGAUUUGCUAGUCAAACUAGGUAGAGAUAUUGUCCGUAAACAGUCUAUUCGUGAGCCUGGACAACGCCUAUUUUUGGUUGAUGCACGAGAAAUUUGUGAAGUACUCAAUCUUGAUGCGAACGGUAGUAGAAGUCUUAUGGGCAUAAAUUUCAACUUUGGUGAGGAUAGGAUCAAGGAAAAGUUACAUAUAAGUGAGAGAGCCUUUCAAGGAAUGUCUAAUCUCCAAUUCUUAAGAGUCAAAGGGAAUAACAAUACAAUACAUCUACCGCACGGUUUAGAGUAUAUAUCUCGUAAACUUCGAUUACUACACUGGACUUAUUUUCCGAUGACAUGUUUGCCUCCUAUUUUCAACACGGAGUUUCUGGUUGAACUAGACAUGUCUUACAGCAAACUUGAGAAGUUGUGGGAAGGAAUUAAACCGCUUCCAAAUCUCAAGCGGAUGGAUUUGAGUUCGUCUCUCCUCUUAAAGGAGCUUCCUGAUCUCAUUGGAAAUCUCAUCAAUCUAAAAGAAUUGGAUCUUAGCAGUUUAUCAUGUCUAGUGGAGCUCCCUUCCUCUAUUGGAAAUCUCAUCAAUCUAAAAGAAUUGGAUCUUAGCAGUUUAUCAUGUCUAGUGGAGCUCCCUUCCUCUAUUGGGAAUCUCAUCAAUCUAAAAGAAUUGGAUCUUAGCAGUUUAUCAUGUCUAGUGGAGCUCCCUUUCUCGAUUGGAAAUGCCACCAACCUUGAGGUUUUAAACCUUCGCCAAUGCUCAAGUCUGGUAAAGCUCCCCUUUUCUAUUGGAAACCUUCAGAAGUUGCAAACUUUGACCUUACGAGGAUGCUCUAAGCUAGAAGAUCUUCCAGCCAACAUCAAAUUGGGAUCUCUCGGCGAACUUGAUCUCACUGAUUGCUUGCUGUUGAAAAGGUUUCCUGAGAUCUCCACAAACGUUGAAUUUCUCAGGCUCGAUGGAACUGCAAUAGAAGAAGUCCCUUCAUCAAUCAAAUCAUGGUCUCGUCUCAAUGAGGUGGAUAUGUCAUACAGUGAAAAUCUCAAGAACUUUCCUCAUGCUUUUGACAUCAUCACAGAGCUGCACAUGACCAAUACAGAAAUACAAGAGUUUCCCCCAUGGGUCAAGAAAUUCUCUCGUUUAACAGUACUCAUACUCAAGGGAUGCAAAAAGCUGGUAUCACUCCCACAGAUUCCAGAUUCCAUCACUUACAUAUAUGCCGAAGAUUGUGAGUCCCUGGAGAGACUAGAUUGCUCCUUUCACAAUCCAAAUAUUUGCCUCAAAUUUGCUAAGUGCUUCAAACUGAAUCAAGAAGCCAGAGACCUCAUCAUCCAGACACCAACUAGUAAUUAUGCGGUCUUACCCGGCAGAGAAGUGCCUGCAUACUUCACUCACCAAUCUACUACUGGAGGUUCCUUGACAAUCAAGCUGAACGAGAAGCCUCUUCCUACAUCCAUGCGGUUUAAGGCUUGCAUUUUGCUGGUUCAUAAAGGUGACAAUGAGGCUCGUGAUGAUAAAAACUGGAUGGAUGAAAAUGUCUACAUUGUUAGUUGUAACGAAAGUACGCAUUAUUUAUAUCCAGUUUUAGCAGAGCAUGUGUACGUAUUUGAAGUCGAAGCAGAUGUGACUUCCAGCGAGCUUGUCUUUGAGUUCAAGAUCAGCAGUAAGAAUUGGAAGAUAAAAGAAUGUGGGGUAUUCCAACUCUCGGAGCUUCCUUGAUGAAUCUUCAAAACGUGAUUUAUGAAACACCCUUGAUGAAACUGAAGCUUGUGGUGAAGUAAUGGAGACAUACACUAAUAAGGUAAUCUAAUCUAAAUGUUGAUAGAUUUUGUACAAUGUUGAGGAAUUUGAAAGCUCUCUGUAUCUGCAAAUUUUAAUCUCUUCUUUGAGGAUUGAAUUUUUACUUUACUUCAAGCCGCCCAUCAGGUGAUUAAACCUGAACUCUUAUUCAGAAUUACUAAGAAGAGCUUGAAAAAAGGCUUGUUCACGUAAUACAUGUAUAUCUUUGUUUCUUCAGGCUGUCACCAACGUACACUACAAGAAACCUUUACUAAAAAGUUAGGUUUUUCGUCGGACGAUCAUCAUUCUUCGAUCCUAGAAGUUACGGUGAACAGAGUAUCGUCAAGCUGCCCAUCAGGCUGUCACCAACGUUAUGGAACGACCAAAAACUAUAUGCUGCAGCCGUUAUGGAACGACCAAAAACCUUCUUUGCACCAAUGAUAACUCUAAGUCAAGUGUUAUGAAAGUAUAGAUUUUUAGAAAGUAUAGAUUUUUAAAGCUUUUUAUAAAGUUCUUUGAUUGCUUAUUGUUACUGACAUGAAGAUGUUGUUCUGUUUGGGAUGUAUAGAUAGUUCAAAUAAAGGAGUUGAAACUUCUCUCA